UUCUUAGAUGACAUCAUUGUUGCUCAAGGGCAGCCGCCUGUGUACAGCGUGUUUUGAUUCAAAGUGAGCCUGCCCGGGCCGUGGUCUGACCUCACAGGCCCUUGAUCCAAGGCCCAUACUGCUCCCUCGAGACCAGGCUUCCGGACUUCAGCUGGGGAGAGGGGAGGGGACGGGAGCCUGUCAUUUCCGGGGCAGGCGGAGCGGAGGCUGCAGUCCUGUCAGCACAGGAGGGCCCAGGGCUGCCGCUUUCUAAGGCUGAGGGCGUCCUCAGGCAGAGGGGACAAGGCCCUUGGAUGCCUCUGGAGGCUGGAAAUUCAAGAUCAAGGUGAUGGCGGAUGUGGUUCCUGGUGAGAACCUGCUCCCUUCCCUGUAUGUUCACACGGCCCUUGCUUGGUGGGAGCACGGGGGGCGUGGGGGCUCUUUGGUUUCUCCUUAUAAGGGCACUAGUCCACUUGGGUCAGGGCCCCACCCUUGGUGCCUCAGAGGCCCUCUUGUCAAUCCCAACACCGUUGGAAUCUGAAGGACCCUCUAAGUCAGGAGACCAGAGGUAUCGGAGUGUGGUUCUUGCGGAGGUGCCGACAACGGCAGCUUCCCUGUCCCCCCAGAGUGUGGCUGCUCCUGCCUGAGGCUGGGGCGGGGAAGGGGCGUGGUCCUCCCUGGCCUCCGCGUUCCUUGUCUCCUUUUCUGGUGGACGUUACACGACUUACUCUGUGCCAGAGUUUCCUCAUCUCUGAAAUGGAGAUAAUAAUAAUAUUGAACAGGGUUGAAGGGUAAAUGAACUGAAGUAACUCAUGCGUCCAGGCCACAGUAAAGCGCCAGCCAGCGUCAGCUACCGUAAUGGUCAUCACCAGCGUCGUCAUCCUGCUGACCUCCCUCCCACAGCCCACUUCCCUCCUCCAAGCCCCGCUUCAUUUCCAUCUGCCGUGCGGGAACUUAACUGACCCGAAUAUCCGACUUAGCUCGUCCCAAGCGGAGCCCGUCUCCGCUCGCCUCUGCUCCAUCCCAGGCUGCCGCCUCCCCGCUGCCUGGCCGAGUGAGCAUCCCCUCCUUUCACCUAGUCACCCAACUUGGAAACCCAGGUGUACCCCGAGCCUCCUUCAUGCCCCAGGGGUAAUUGUCCCUGCAUGCCGUUGUUGGUCCCCUGCCUCUACUCCCCGGGCAUGGGCCCCUCUUAGCUUUCCCUUCUGUCUCCCUCACACCCCAGAGAAGGCUCCUCAGAGCACCAAUGUCCCCCCCCCCCGCCCCCCCCCCCCCGGCUAUGUCCUGACCUCUUGGUGACCUUUCCGCAGUGCUGUUGAGGUUGGAGUGACGCGUGUCCCACUCCUGGCAUGUGCGAGGGGCUCAGGAGGUGGGCCUGGUGUCUGUAUCGCCACAGGAGAAGGUGCAGACGUUACUUUCCUGACCCUGCCUGGCCUUCUUGUUCCCCCUCCGUCCAGACUCCCCGCUCCAUCAGCGUGACCCAGGGAGUCCUCAUGCCCCGCAUGUGACGCUCACCAGUCCACCCUGCCUGAUGCCCGGCGUCCUCCUUCACUGGCCACGUGGCAAACUCUGUCCCAUUCCGUCCCUGCGUGAAUACGGGGUCCCCACGAAGCCCUUGGAGUGCCCUCCAGGACAGGAGGCAGGUGUGGGCUCUCCCCCUCCUUCCUCAGCCCCUGCCAGCCGUGUGUACACUGCUCACUGUGGUGUCAUGUUUGACUCAAGCAAACAGGGAGCACCUCGAAGGUGAGGGGGCUACGGUCUGCUGUCCCCAGCACAGUAGUGAGCUGGCCUUCGGUCGCGGUGACUGAAUGUUGAGGGAGCGGUGCCCAGUCCCUUUUCACCUGCGUGAAGGGCCGGCGUCCACAUAACCUGGGGUGAGAACCCAGGUUAGCAAGGCCCAUCUUGCUGGCGUUCAUGGAAUUCUGGGGGCCCCCGUAGCGCAUCCUACACUGAAGGGGUAAUGGACCGGGGUGUAGCCUGCAGCUGGCCCCCGGGUCGCACCCUUUCAAUGUGCCUAGAGCUCACCUGAGGAGAGAGGGCCCUCAGGAGGUGUGCGGACACCCCUUCGCGCACCCACUUCUCAGGUCAGGAGGCUGAGGUGCAAAGAGGUUUGGUUACUAACACGCCCCAGGGCCCCCAGGCGCCGCUGCCUGACUUCCCAGCCCCUUCCUCCACCCGCGGCCGGUUACAGACAAUCAAACACCCUGAGCACACAGGUUUAGGCUUGCUUUCGGAGAAAGUAAGAGAGAAAAGAAAAUUUGAAAAAACACUGAUUCGUUCCACUCACUAUGCACUUUUAUAUAAAGAACAUAUAAAGAACAUACCCUGACAAAUGCACAUCUGUACCAGGUGGUAAAAACCACCUUCACUAACUCCAGUAUUUCGCUAAUGUUGAAAAUGCCUUUGUUGAAAUAGACGCGUGUGAGGACCUGGCCCAUGUCUAGCGCUGGGACGUGGGAGAGGCAGGGAGAUGGUCAUCUGCGGGGCAGGUGGCACCCAUGGUGGCUGUGGGGUCUUGGGGGUUGGCUUGGGGCUCUCUGGGGUACCUUUGGGGUACCUUGAACUGACAACUCAGCUGGGAGUGUGGUCGAACCAACUGGAAAAGGCAGGGGAUUCAUCUGGUGCCGCAGAACAUCUCCGACUUCGUGGCCACCCCCGGGAGAGCAGGGCCUCCCACGCGCGGGGCUCUGGGGCAGCGUCUGAGUUUGAGCUUGGGUGCGGGAGCGCACCUCUACAGCAUCCUGAGGGUGGGGCUACCCGUGGUCCUGGCUGAUGCUUGGCCUGGCCCUCUGCUCCUGUGGGGAGCGUCUGCUCUCUCGGAGGGGGAGGGCGCCCUGGGUCUGUCCUUCCGUUUCUCUCAUUGCUUCCUCGGUCUCAGUGGGGAUGCUUGGCCUGCCUGCGUCUCAGGAGAGACGGGGAGCCCACUGUCUGGUGCAAUGUGUUUAUGUUCUUCCAGCGGACUUAACGUCCUUUGUGACCCACUUCGAAUGGGACAUGGCCAAGUAUCCUGCGAAGCAGCCGCUGGUGAGCAUAGCAGACACUCUGGCAAAGCAACUGGCACAGAUUGAGACGGACCUGAAGUCCCGCACGGCCGCCUACAACGCUCUGAAGACAAAUCUGGAGAACCUGGAGAAGAAAUCCACGGGAAACCUCUUCACUCGGACACUGAGCGAUAUUGUGAGCAAAGAAGACUUUGUGUUGGAUUCUGAGUAUCUGAUCACACUUCUGGUCAUUGUUCCCAAACCAAGCUAUGUACAAUGGCAAAAAACCUACGAAUCCCUCUCGGACAUGGUGGUCCCACGGUCGACAAAGUUGAUAGCUGAGGACAACGAGUGUGGCCUCUUCACCGUGACUCUGUUUCGAAAAGUGAUUGACGAUUUCAAAACCAAAGCCAAAGAGAAUAAGUUCACUGUCCGUGAAUUUUACUAUGAUGAAAAAGAAAUUAAAAGGGAAAGGGAAGAGAUGACCAGACUGCUGUCGGAUAGGAAGCAACAAUACCAAACUUCCUGUGUUGCUCUUAAAAAGGGAUCAUCCACCUUCCCGGACCACCAGGUUAAGGUAACCCCGCUAGGGAACCCUGAUAGGCCCGCUGCGGGGCAGAACGACAGAGAGAGAGAGAGUGAGGGCGAGGGUGAGGUAAGCAUCUCCCCGGGAGCCCUGGGGUUCCCCGGCUCGCAUGUCCUUGCCCGCGCAGGCAUCUUUGGAGAAAGCAAAUCCUUGCGUUUCCUGUUACCUACUAUGGCUUUUGAGGUCUUAAAUUCAGGGAUUCCAGAAUCAUGCCUUCCUCCUAAUCUGCAGGGUCUCUUGAGAGCUGCCCCUCCCGCUCCCCCUCCCCCUCCCCCAGCAAUGAUUGGUGCUUGCUGGCCAGGGUGCCUUUGUCCUGGCUGGCGGUGGCUGGAGCUGGUGAUGGGGCAGGUCCCGGCUGGGGGAUGGUGGUCGGGCAGCUCAGCUCUCUUCCCCUGGGUGCCCGCCCCUGACCCACCCCUGACCUUUGUGGCAUCCGAGGAGGACCAGCCAUGCCAGCAUUAGCGACAGUGGCUGUGGCCACGUGCAGUGGGGCUGUGAGGAACCCCCUGGAAGUGGCGGCUGGUGGAUGGUGCCGGGACUUGGAGUGGAGCCUUCGAGAAGGGGGGCUCCUCGGCGGCGCAGUAUCAGCCAGAAGCCUGCUGGCUGCCUUCUGAACGCCCCGAGGUCAGGGGCUGUCUGCCCCCCGCAGCCCGGUGGGUGAUGGCCCCAUGCGUGUGCUGGCUGGCAGGCCCACUGAGCUGCCCCAGCGCCAGGUGCCCUGGAGAACGUGGGCCUGGGCCUCACCCUGGCCUCGUCGGACCGCCUCGCUGCUCCUGCUGGCCCCUGGGCGUUUCUUCUCAGCUCGGGGCUUGCUCUGUCGAAACCCACGUCCUUUGUUGGCCGGGCGUUGGGUGGACUGGCCGGGAGGGGUCACCGCACUCCUGUCCCUGCAGGGCCCGCUGCUGCGAUGGCUCAAGGUGAACUUCAGCGAAGCCUUUAUUGCCUGGAUCCACAUCAAGGCCCUGAGAGUGUUUGUGGAGUCUGUGC